UCGAAGACGAAGCGAGCAACUUGUAUAAGAGUCGUGGGGACAACACCACAAUUUUUUGCGCUCUAAGCUCUGCCUAACAGAUUUUUUCAAUUUUCUUUCACAGACUCUGAAGAAACUUAAACGAAGACGAAGAUGAUGACCGAGCAAUUAACCGAGGAACAGAUCGCCGAGUUCAAAGAAGCCUUCAGCCUCUUCGACAGAGACGGCGAUGGCUGUAUCACUACCAAGGAGCUGGGAACGGUGAUGAGAUCUCUGGGACAGAAUCCAACUGAAGCUGAACUCCUGGAUAUGAUCAGUGAAGUGGAUGCUGAUCAGAAUGGCACAAUUGAUUUCCCUGAAUUCUUGAAUUUGAUGGCACGCAAAUUAAAGGAUACUGAUUCUGAGGAGGAACUGAAAGAAGCCUUCAAGGUUUUUGAUAAAGAUCAAAAUGGUUUCAUUUCUGCUGCAGAGCUUCGACAUGUCAUGGCAAAUCUUGGAGAGAAGUUGACAGAUGAAGAAGUCAAGGAGAUGAUCCAAGAAGCGGAUGUUGACGGUGAUGGUCAGGUGAAUUAUGAUGAGUUUGUUAGGAUGAUGCUUGCAAAGUGAUUGCAAUUUCAUUGGGUUGAACACAACAUAAAGUUAUGGAUAGUUUCGAAUGUUUCCCUUUGGAUUUAUUAGUUGCUAUGCUUGUUGAUUUGGAGUGUAGUUUUAUUAACUUGCAUUACGAUGAAUAUUUAGCUGUUUCUUCAUUUUUGUUUAUCUUCGUCUGUUUCCUAUAGUUUGUUCACAUUUCAAAAUUAUGGUUCCUGUUUUGAUACUCAGUUUCAUGUAUUUCAAUAUUAUGUGAAUGUUGAUGC